GGAUUUAACCGUGAAGGGAUAGGUUGUUCGGGCAAUAGUAAUGAUGAUUGAUGGUACCUCUGGAUCUUAAGGAAGAUCUCGAAAUAGCAACGCAGCCGCAUUUGUUCUAUGUCAAAGACAAUAUCGCAACCUGACAUUCAUCCUCAUAAUAGAAACUUAGCAAUAAGAAAGUUCGGUUUGGCAGUCUGGAGUCAUCCAUGAGAUCAAUCAAAGUUGAUGGGUUUUGUCGUCAUGAAUCAACGAAGUCAACGCGCGUGCACGUGCAUGUGCAAAACGUCGCAAUUACAUUUCACCGUGAUUUGUCACGUGUCAGAUAUCUCCUCGAAUGUGUUGAAUGAAAUGAAAAUUAUCAAACUAAAAAACAAUUUUUCCUCAAAUGGAACCUCAUAUAUGCGAAAAGUUAGGUAAGACUGACAUCAUAGUAUCGCAUAUGCAAUCUUGUUCUCUUCCACCUCACAUCCUCUACCAAAAUGACAGCCAAACAAUUACCUUGAUCGAUAUCCCAAAAUCCAUCGAAGACGCCCAAUAUUUAUCUGGAGAGCAAACUCCUUUAAAAAAUCGCAAAAAAAGACUUUUAUCAUGCAAACCACUUGUUGUACCCUAUCCAUCACUUGAACCCAAGUCAGCAAAAGCUCUUAAGAGUGCGCCGGAAAAAAGCAUCAAGGAAUUGAUGUUAGAACGUUACGUCCAGCUUGCUUUGGAUGAGAUGAAGGAGGAUUGUAAUGGGAGUCUUUGUUUAGAUCGUGUUUACGGGAAGGAUGAAAAGAAGAGGAAAAGGGAGCUGUCUAAAGAAGGUGUAGGAAAUGCAGAGCAUGAUGUCAUCAAAGUUGAGAACGUCUGCAUGCGUCCAAAACGCGUUGAGAUAGAUGAUGUGGCUGGUACAAUGCCACCCAAGUCAACGAUGUUAUAUGGCAGUAUUUCUGCAGUCAAUGACCAUGGUGAUUUAGAACUACGUGAGGGUCUGCCGAGCUUUCAUGUAAUAAUUGUUGAUCCGCCUUGGCCUAAUCGAUCUGCCUUGAGGAAGAAUGCUUAUACUACUGCUUCGGGAUCACUUGGUAUAGAAAACCUAUUGAAUUCGUAAGGAGUCAUUUCUUCGUUGUUACCUUUUUCUAAUGAUCAGCUGUGUUUGAAUACCUAAGCUCAUUCAGAUGUUCAUCUCGAUGUGAUUUUGCGAUUCCCUCCGAGUUUGUAGAUUUAUCUGGAUAUCUAACUGUGUUUUAAUACUCAGCUGCAUUUGCAUAUCACCUCUAUUUAGAUAUCCCUCAUCUCAUAAAUAAUCACUAACGUAUAAAAUUUCCAGCUUACCAUGUCAUCACAUAGACAACAGCGGUUAUGUCGGAAUAUGGGUAACCAACAAGUCCGCCUUUCAUGCCAUGCUUCUCGACAAAGGUGGAUUAUUUGACCACUGGGGUCUAGAGUUAGUAGAGGAAUGGAUUUGGCUAAAGGUAACAUCUAGUGGUGAGCCAAUUUAUGACAUUGAAGGAACAUGGAGAAAGCCUUGGGAGAUUCUUCUUGUGGGACGAAAGAUGGGCGUUGGGAAGAAACUUGAGAAAAUGGAGUUUGAUCCUAAGAAAUCAGUUAGAAAUGAGAGGUUGGACGUCAAGGAGGAACACGAGGAAACAAAUUUUACAAACCAAAGCAACUCUAAACACUCACACAUUACCAAUCGACUCACAUCCACCACAGCUUCACCGUCAUCUCCAUCCUCUCCGAGCCCGUCCCAACCCAAAAUCUCCACCAUUCCCAUACGACGAAGAAUUUUAAUAGGAGUCCCAGAUUUACACUCACGAAAACCGAACCUGAGAUUCCUUUUUGGACAACUAUUGGGUGCUCAGGAUUACAAAGGUCUAGAAAUAUUUGCAAGAAAUAUGACAGCAGGGUGGUGGGGAUGGGGAAAUGAGGUAUUGAGGUUUCAGGGAGAUGGAGCUUGGGUUGAGGGAGAAGGAGAGAGGAGGAACGGUGAUGAUGUUAGAGGGGAGCCAGCGGAGUCCGGACUAGCUGUUGAAAAUUUGGAGGAUAGGAGAAUUGAGUAGGAGGCAGGAGCAGGAGCGAGUUAGCAUGGUUUAAUUUAAGUAAUUUCGGAUGGGAUUUGGCCCAGGAGAAUGGGUGAAUUGACAGACCAGCAAGGACCAGAUCUAUACUAGCUGCAGAUUUACAGCACAAUCAAAAGGAAAUCUGAUGAUUUGUAGAAUAUAAAUUGCCAAGAAUUUAACUGAAAAUGCUAAAUGGUCGAAUAAAUUGAGGAGUUGAAAGUCAAUCCAAUGUUGAAGAAGAUAUCGAGUUCAAAUUCAAUGCUGAAGUUG